AUGGCGCAACAAGAAAUCGAAAGACGUCCAAGUAAAAAGUCAUCGAAUGAUCAGAAAUCAUUUGUUACAAAGAAAAAAACUAAAGCUGAAUUAGAACAAGAAGCCUAUAUGGCUCGACAAUAUGCUAUUGUCAUUGGUGAAUUGAAAGCUGCUGAAGCAAGAAAUCGAAUUCGAGCAACUCGUCUUCGUUUUUCAAAGUCUUAUCGCGAUGAAAUUGAUCAAAUAAUUGCCUUUCAACCGAAUGCAUUAAGCGCACUUCGCUUUGAAGCAUUCAUGACAAAUACAGCAUCGUCACAAAAAGAAAAAGUAUCUUCAUCAUUACAUUCAUCACCACGUACAAAUAGCGCCUUAGCAAAUGGACCAACAAAAGAUUCUUUGACACAAAUUGAACGGCGUAGAGUUCAAAAUCUAUUACUUGAUGAUCAAAAUUUAUUAGUUGAUAGGACCGAUUAA